AAUUGAGGUUGACAAGGUUUUAAUAGAAUAUUUAUUUUGCCCCUUAGACUGAAUAACAAUUUAGAAUAAACAAAAGUUAAUCUUUCUUUAUUAUUUGGCCUAAUAUUGCAGUACUGCUUCAAAACUCUGGGGAUCUUCUGUUUUGGGGAUGGAUUUUUUAAAAAAAAAAAAAUAUUGCCUUUGAUUAUUCCUUCUCCAAAAUAAAUGUAACAUAUUCAAAUUAAUAAAUGAGUUACUAUACUGGGCAUAGUGCAUUAGUUCAUUUGGUGUGUGCUUGUGUUGCUGUGUACUUUUGUCUGUGGGUUACAGGAUGUUCAGACGAACCUCCAACAUGACUGGUCUCAGUUAUUCCCUAGAUGUCAUCACUAUGCUUAAGCAUGUAGAUAUGUGGUCGUUUGAUGUGUUUGCACUGAAUGAUGCCAGCGGAAACCAUGCUCUGAAAAUUGUCUUCUUUGAACUGCUCAACAGAUAUAACCUGAUUAAUCGUUUCAAGAUUCCUACCUCUGCACUCACAUCAUUUGUGGAGUCACUGGAAAUGGGAUACAGCAAAUACAAAAACCCCUACCACAACUUGAUACAUGCUGCUGAUGUCACACAAACGGUCCAUUACCUGCUCAUUAAGAGUGGAAUAAUGCACUGGCUAACUGAGCUGGAGAUCUUUGCCAUUAUUUUUGCAGCUGCCAUCCAUGACUAUGAGCAUACAGGGACUACUAAUAACUUCCAUAUUCAGACCAGGUCAGACACGGCACUAUUUUACAAUGACCGAGCUGUUUUGGAGAACCAUCACGUCAGCGCUGUCUAUCGCCUUCUACAUGAUAAUGAGGAAAUGAAUAUUCUCUCUAAUCUUUCAAAGGAAGAGUGGAGGGAACUGCGAGCCUUAGUAGUGGAUAUGGUAUUGGCCACUGACAUGUCCUGCCACUUUCAGCAGAUCAAAGCCAUGAAAAGUUUCCUGCAGCAGUCUGAGGCGAUUGACAAACCAAAGGCUUUAUCAUUGCUGCUGCACACUGCUGACAUCAGCCACCCUGCCAAAUGCUGGGACCUCCAUCAUCGCUGGACAACAUCCCUGCUUGAGGAGUUCUUCAGACAGGGAGAUAGGGAAGCAGAGCUGGGUCUACCUUUCUCCCCUCUUUGUGACCGCAAAUCCACCAUGGUGGCCCAGUCCCAAAUAGGAUUCAUUGAUUUCAUUGUGGAGCCAACAUUCACUGUGUUGACAGAAAUGAUCGAAAAUAUUGUGACACCACUUAUCGAGGAGACCUCUCGCUCUGAAUUGCCUGUCUUCAGACAGUACAGUUUCAACAGUACUGGAAGUGACGGAAAGCAGUCCAGCAUGAAGAGUACACACUCAGAAGGCAGCUGCUCUCUGACUACAGUGGACUUCAAAGGUUUCAGGGGUACAUGGAAUCAAAAAAUUCAUCAAAACAGGGAGACAUGGAGGGACCAAGCAGGAAAAGUUGUAGACCUGGAGGUAAAGGUCACCGAGAUGGCAGAGGAACAUAGCCAAGAAGACAAAGAGACAAACGGUGGAAAAGACACAAGCACAACUGUUGACGGAGCCAACAUGGGACAGGGGAAAAUGAAAAAAGAAUCCGUGGGACAAGAGGUGCAGAACAGGAGACAGCAAGAAGAAAGAAAGACUAAAGAUGAAAGAAACAAUAAUCAGGCUCAGUCUUCAAGCAUUCUGCUGAAAUCAGUCCCUGAUGCCAUAAAGAAGUCACCUGAUGGACACAUGAAGAAGCAGCAAUCCCAGAAUGACCCUCAAACUGUUUUCCCUCUGAUUCAUUAUUGCAAAACACCCACCUAUUGUGCCAGCUCCUACAGACUCAUCAGGGCAAAAGUCAUAGAAAUAUGGCCUAUUGAUGCCAGGACAAAAGCCAGGAGACUGCAACGCUUCUACUUGCAUCGACGGAAAUAACUUUGUAAGUUUGAAGUGUAUAAUGGCAUAUUGUGUGAUGUACUCCUUCAUCACUCUGCUUCAGUUUUUCCUUUGUGAAUAAACUCAGAAUUCCU